AUGAUGAAGGGUAAAUUUGCUGGAAGAGGCGGAGGUCCCCGACCAAAUGAUAUUCGUGAAGCCAUGCAAGGUGAUCAUGACGUCCACAUUUCAUACUGGAAAGCCUGGAGGUCGAGAGAGGUAGCCUUAGACUACGCAAAAGGAUCUUCCGGCGCAUCAUACAAUUUGCUUCCCACGUACUUGGAGAAGCUAGUCAUGGCUAAUCCGGGAAGUAUUACACAGAUCCACACCGAAUAUGCUGACGGUAUAGGCCAUAGGUUCAAGUAUAUGUUUAUGGCCUUAGCUGCUAGCAUCGAAGGCUAUAGAUUCAUGAGGAAGGUUGUUAUAGUUGAUGGGUCACAUUUGCGAGGAAAGUAUGCGGGGUGUUUGUUGACCGCUUCCGCGCAGGAUGGAAACUAUCAAGUGUUCCCUUUGGCAGUUGCAGUUGUUGACAGUGAGAAUGACAAGGCUUGGGAAUGGUUUUUCACAAAACUUUCUCAAUUCAUUCCCAACAAUGAAGAGAUUGUAUUUGUCUCUGACAGACAUCCAUCCAUAUAUAUGGCAAUUGCAAAGAGUAAGAUAGGAUAUGGUAACUCGAGUAUAAUACGGACGUACUUCAAAGACAAGCAUUUGGGAUACCUCGUUGGAAAAGCUGCUAGGGCGUAUAGGUUAUCAGAGUUUUACCUUACGUUCAACGAGAUUAAAAGAGUUAAUCAAUCAUGUGCUGAUUACCUCGUUGGGAUAGGAUUAGAACAUUGGGCACGGUCACAUUUUCAGGGUAACCGAUACAACAUUAUGACCAGUAAUGUGGCCGAAACUUGGAAUUCAGUAUUACGAGAUGCAAGAGAAUAUCCUAUCCUCUCCCUCAUCGAAUACAUCAGGGCGAAGCUUAUGACGUGGUUUGCAAAGAGAAGACAAAUUAAAAGGGGAGAAGGUCAAAUGGUAACGCCUCGUGUUGAAGAGAUUCUCGCUGCAAAUUUUGAACGGAGUGGAUCCCUUUGGGUUACGAUGAUAGGUGAGGCGGAGUAUAAGGUCCGUAACAAAGAGGGAGCCACCUUCCAUGUGAAUCUUAGUCAGAAAACAUGUACAUGCCAUGAGUUUCAAGCACUCCUCAUUCCUUGCACUCAUGCAAUUGCUGCUGCGACAAGGGCCCAAAUCAGAAUUGACUCGUUAGUUGACGGAUGUUACAGUAGAAGCACAUACACAGCAGCAUACGCAAACAUAAUUAAUCCGGUCGUUGAGUACGAAAGUAUAGAGAUUCUAUCAAGUGACAACUCUGUUUCUGGCGUUGAAAUAAAUCGACCAUCUAGUCGGAGGCCACCGGGAAGACCAAGGAAAAGCCGGAUUCUAUCGAGGGGUGAAUUCCAGACGAGAGGACCGAAAAAGAGGACAGUUUGCAGUCGCUGCAAGGGUGGUGGUCAUAACAGAGCCACUUGCAAAGUGGCAAUAUGA